GGGUGGCAUCGUGGAGGUGCUGGGGUCUGGGGAGCUUCUGUCCCGAUGGCCUCUGUAAGCCAGGAUCAGAUCCAGAAGGUAAGGAGCUGCUCUCCGGGGAGGGAGCGUGUCCCCAGUGCAGUGACACUGCUUGUAAUAGUCACUGCUACUUAACCUGGCCCUGAAAUCUGCUUUACAAACACUUUAUAUUCCCCCCAGCUUCUUGUAUUACGUUAAUUUUGAGUGUGUGAGUGUCAUGCCGACAAACUCUUCCAGAGGGCAAUGUGUCCUGCAGAGCUCUUGGAGGAAUUUCCCCUGUGCCCCUCUGUCUGUGCUGCUCAGCUCUCAGCUCUGAACUGGCAAAGGAUAAUCUCCAGGGUAUUCUAUAUAAAGAAACUGUAGUGCCCAACAGAGUUCACUUCAUUUCGUAAGGGAUUGUGUAGUCAGCCGUGACAAAUCACCCAGGGAUUUUUUCCUGAGAGAAAACAACGCCUUCCAGCUGUUCCACAGGGACGGCUUCCUUGUCCUGGAGGGGUUUUGCAGCACAGAGGAGUGUGACAGCAUGAGGAGCCAGAUCCAGGGAAUCAUCGAGGGGAUGGAAGUGCCCCCACACUGCCGCACAGAGUUCUCCACCAGGGAGGAGGAGCAGCUCCAGACACAGGGUAGCUCGGAUUAUUUCCUAACCAGUGGAGACAAGAUUAGAUUCUUCUUUGAGAAAGGUGUUUUGGACAAGAAAGGCAACUUUCUAAUUCCAAAGGAGAAGUCCAUCAGCAAGAUUGGCCAUGCUCUACAUGCUUAUGAUCCUGUCUUCAAGCAAAUCACCCACUCCUCCAAGGUGCAGGAAUUGGGAAGAAAACUAGGCCUUGAGAGACCAGUAGUUGUGCAAAGCAUGUAUAUCUUCAAGCAACCUGGCAUUGGUGGUGAAGUGACACCUCACCAGGAUGCCACCUUCCUGCACACGGAGCCUCUGGGCAGGAUCCUGGGCUUCUGGAUUGCCCUGGAAGAUGCCACACAGGAGAAUGGCUGCCUGUGGUUCAUCCCUGGCUCUCACACCAAUGGAAUUACCCGGAGGAUGGUUCGUGCACCUUCAGGUGCCUCAACAUGUGUGGAGUUUGUAGGGUCAGAGCCAGCCUAUGAUGACAGUCAGUUCAUCCCUCUGCCCAUAAAGAAAGGUGGACUCAUCCUCAUCCAUGGGGAAGUUGUCCAUAAGAGUGAACUGAACAGCUCGGAGUCCUCUCGCCACACGUUCACCUUCCACGUGAUGGAGGCCAAGGGCACCACCUGGAGCAAGGAGAACUGGCUCCAGCCAACUCCUGAACUGCCUUUUCCAUCGCUCUACACUUGAAGUCAGUGACUGGCUUCUGGAGUCAAUAGCUGAUCAAUAUUCCUGAUUGUUCCUUCAUGUUCCCCUUAAACACGACCUUCCCUUAUGGCAGCUCUCGAGGUUAAUUCAUCCUGGGAACAAGGACUUUUGUCACAGCCCAACACGCCUGCAGGAGACAGAACCUCCUGCUGCAGCAGGAGCCCUGUAGUGUGAGAGUAGCCACCCAGUCCUUUCAGUAAGGAAACCUCUUCAGUCUUGAGAACAGACCAGUAAAGACCACUGCACCUUGACUGGGACCAGUUAAGAAGUAUUUCUUCUUGCAGAUUCAGUUUAAGAGCUUAAGUGCAUUUCUUGGUUGUGCAGGUGAAUGUGUCAUGGGAAGAAGGUUGACUUUCACCCUUAGGUCUCUGCCCUGUUGUUGGAGUAACAGUGAUUUAAAACAGCCCUGUUGUGGGCAAAAUAAAGCAGGAACUCUGCUUUUUAUAAUCAAUUUUCUAAGUAUUCCCCAGCAAACUGUGGUUGAGUGUUUUAUCUCUGGGUGUGUUGAUUAAAAAUAUGACAGUUCUUAAAGAUUUAUGUUGAAAUGGUGGGAGCAAAGAACCUCAAUCCAACUCCUUGCACUUAAUAAAAGAAUAGAAAUUCUC